AUGCUGACAAGAGCUAAAGAAACGGGUGGUGGGCUACUGGCUAGAAAAAUCAUUCCCGACAAGGUUAACUACCGCCUCAUUAGAGAGUGGCUGCAACUUUGCCGGUCCAGACAUGUAUGGUGUGACUCCCGCGAGGCCAAUGAGGGUGGUGUAGUAGGAACAGGCCAAAUCCCUGGGUUCCAAAUCAUUGACUGCACCACGGGAAACAUUGUGUCCUUUGCCUCCCUUACCGGUAGUACCUCCAGUGGAGAGCAGUCACAGACACCACCAAAAUACGUCACGCUCAGUUAUGUCUGGGGCCAAGGUCCCUUUGAAGGGCCAGUCAAGAUCAAGCACCCUUCUGGCUCUCAACAACAACUGUCCCUGCCAGCCUCCCUACCGCUAACCAUCAGUGACACGAUCCACGUCGUCCAACGCCUCGGGUACAGAUACCUCUGGAUCGACAGGUAUUGCAUCCCUCAGGACGACCUGCCAGCCAAGCAGAUCCAGAUCGAGAACAUGGGCCGCAUCUACUCCCGCUCCGUGUUGACCAUCAUUGCCGCAGCUGGCGAGGGACCCGACUAUGGGCUGCCGGGGGUUAGCGAGCGUCGGAGGGCCGAACAGUUUACUGUUCAAGUUGGUGCUGCUGCAGAAGGGAAAGGGAUUUCCCUGGCGUUAUACGAAAGGCCGAAAGCCGCCAUCAUGAACUCAAAGUGGCAUACCCGCGGCUGGACGUACCAGGAGGGACUCCUGUCCAGGCGGAGGCUGGUGUUUACGGACCAGAUGGCGUACUUUCAGUGUUAUGAGAUGCAUGGGGACGAGGUCUUGUCGUUGCCGAUUCCUGAUGGCCUCAGCGGUGGGCAUGUCUCUGAUGUCAAGGACAAGGACAAGUAUGACGAGAUCCGCUGCCUCUCCCUGAAUGACGAAGAGUCAAACUUUGGUUUCAUCUUCCCCCGUCGAAUAACGGAUUGGUCCAAUCCUGACACCGUCUGGGAUCGAAUUAAGGAUUUUUGCCAGAGACAGCUUUCGUUUGAUGCCGACACGCUCGAUGCUGUUGCUGGUAUCUUUGGGAUGUACACAGCGGAAAAGUCGAACAUGCACAAAGGGGACGGGAUCUCCUUCUUCUACGGCAUCCCCAUUGCUCCUUUCCAGCCAGAGUUGAAUGAACCAAACAAGCAAAGGCUGUGGACUUGUGAGUUGCGGACUUUUUGGGAAACAUAUGAGAACGUGGCCCCGGGAAGCAUAGACCCGAACCCAAAACUGCCCCUGAAAAUGGAGGUGGAUGUAACGACUAGUCUCACCUACAAACUAGUUGAAAGCCUCCUCUGGACCAAUUCCUGGCACCACUUCCGCAAAUCCGACAGCGAUCCUUCACAGCUACUGCAACAGCGGUCACAGUUCCGGAGGCCGGUAUUUCCCAGCUGGACGUGGGCGGGCUGGAAGACGUGCAUAGUCGAGCGCGACAGAUUGUUUUCCAAAAUGUUCGAUAGUCGCACCAAGAUUCAUGUAGAGUACGAGGUUGAAGCUGGCCCAAGUCUCGCACACGCACCGAACGCAACGAAAUGGAGGCAACUAGACUGGGAGCAAGACAACAAAGAGAUCCUAGAGCUGGCACGAAAUGCCGCUUAUAAAAUCCCGGCACGUUUGGUUAUCAGGGGAACCGUGCUGGAUAUGAGGCUCAAGUGGCGCGAUGGCGAGGAGAACAACGACGCUUGGUGGAGGAAGUUUGGGGAGUGGACGGUUACGUGGCCGCAGUUUAUGGAAGGGAAGGGAAUUGGCUUUCCGAGGGGAUUGUUGGAGGAUGCGGAACAUGGAGGCCGUAUUGGCAAGGGAGAAGAGGUACAGGCUCUCGCUCUAAUAUUAGCAGGACGGGCCUAUUCGGGGGAGCCGAACGGAUCUCUGUCGGCAUUGUUGUUGAGACCCGUCACAAGGAUGUUGAGUGGACGACCGGAAACGAUGUAUGAACGCGUACACAAGAUGGAUUUGCAUGUGAAAAGGGAGGAGUAUAAAGCUGAGUGGACACCGCUGGCUGGGUUGCUAAGGGAGAUGGAGGUGAGAUUACUAACCACCAGGACAGGCGCAAACCAAGGCAUCGGCUAUGAGACAGCCAAGAAUCUGGUCCACUCCUCAGCCGACUACCAUGUCAUUCUCGGCAGCCGCGACAUCAGCAAAGGUAAGGCGGCAGUUCAGGCGCUACUACAAGCUGAAGUCGGCACCGGCGUAAAGGCAACGAAGGGUACCGCCUACUCGGUACCUCUAGACGUGGCGGACGAAGCGUCCAUCGCAGCCGCAGUCGAGCAUGUGGCAGCCGACUUCGGCAGGCUCGACGUAUUGGUGAACAACGCAGGCAUCAUCUCGACAACCAGCCCGCCCACGGCCCAGACGCUCCGGCGGGUCCUCGAGACCAACGUGGUCGGCGCACUGGCUGUGACUGAGGCGUUUCUCGACUUGCUGCGCAUGGCUUCGGAACACAGGCCGCCGCGUUUGGUGUUUUACUCUGCUAGACUCAAGCCGGAAGGAAUCCUCGUCAUUGGUGCGGAUCCCGGGCUCUGCGCUACCAACUUUACGGGUGAUGCUGCGUCGCUGAGGAAUAGAGGGGCGGCGGAACCGGCUGAUGGGGGAAACCGAGUGGCAGCGGUCGUAAAGGGUGAGAAGGACGCUGAUGCUGGAAAGGUCGUUGGUGUGUACGGGGUUAGUCCGUGGUAGAAUCGGUCUAUAAGCAUCGGCCAGCUCAGCUCCGUCGUGGGACUGCACGGUAAGGACAACCUGCAUCGGAUCGGGUUGGAUUCACUGAUGGCCAUCGGCGUUGCGUUGCUGGUUGAAGCUCCGUAGGGCAGCUAGAAUAAUAGAUUGAUGCCAGCUUAUAGGUAGU